CACAACCCGUAUAUACAAUUGGAUGUUGCGAUUACAUCAAUCUCAUUUUCUCGACAACCAAACACCCCCAAAUCUCCUUAAAAAACCUUCAUUAACCCACUACAAUUACAUGUUUUUUCUUUUAUAAAACCACAGUCUCUCUGUGUGUGUGAUUGUGUGAACAAAACCUGUGCAGUUGCUUACUUCUUUUGGGUUCUAAAAAACUGCAAAGAAAUGUUACAAAACCUCUGUUUUUUCACCAUUUUCUUGGCUUCUUGAAGAUAAUGAAUAGAGCCUCUUACACCCUCUUCUCAAAAGAAGAAGAAGAUGGUGUCCAAACAACAAAAUGUGUGCCCCCAAAACCCUAUGUUUGCUAUUGACGAUGCCCUUUUGUGCGAUGAACAAGAACAAGAUUUCGAUUUUGGAUAUGGGUUUGCUUCAUCGGACCAAGAAAAUCAAAUCUUGAACGAUAAAGGUUCAAUCUUUACUCAUUUUGAACAAGAUCUUUUGUGGGAAGAAGAUGAGCUUUCUUCUCUUUUGUUGAAAGAGAAGAAUACCCUUUUGGUUUGUGAUGAGUCUUUGAUGGGUUUGAGGAAAGAAUCUGUUGAUUGGAUGAUUAGAGUCGGUACCCAUUAUGGGUUUGUUGCUUUGACAACUGUUUUAGCUGUUAAUUAUUAUGAUAGGUUUUUGUUUAGUGCUUCUUUUCAGAGGGAUAAGCCAUGGAUGAAUCAGUUGGUUGCUGUGGCUUGUCUUUCUUUAGCUUCUAAAGUUGAAGAGAUCCAAGCCCCUCUUCUGUUGGAUUUGCAAAUGGAAGGAACAAAAUUUGUGUUUGAGUCAAAAACUAUUAUGAAGAUGGAACUUUUGGUGUUGUCUUCUCUUGAUUGGAAGAUGAAUCCAGUGACCCCUCUUGCGUUUGUCGAUUACAUUAUGCGUAGGCUUGGUUUAAUGACUCAUGAUCUGCAUUACGAGUUCCUGCGGCGGUGUGAACGGAUUCUUCUAUCUGUUUGCAAUGAUUCGAGGUUUCUUCGGUUUGUUCCAUCUGUGACGGCUGCUGCGAUAAUGUGCAUUGUUAGCAAGGAGAUUGAGCCUGACAACACAUUGGAUUACCGAAAUCAGCUUACGAAGCUUCUCAAUAUCAGCGAGGAAAACAUAGACGCGUGUUCCAAAUUCAUCUUGGACGUAUCGAAUAAUCACGGAAGCUGUUAUUUCCAAACUCACAAAAGGAAAUACUCUUCGAUUCCUGGAAGUCCGAGCGGUGUAGUGGACGCAUAUUUCAGCAGUGAUAAUUCUAACAACUCGUGGGCGAUGGCGUCAUCGGUGACAUCAUCACCGGAAGCUCCAUUGAAGAAAAACCGAGCUCAAGAGCAGCAAAUGAGAUUGGCGCCAGUGAACCGCGUGUCCAUUAGCAACCCCCAUUGAAGUCACUCCGAUUUGUCUGCUUCUUUUUAGUAUGGUAUUUAAUUUACUACAAUCUCUUCUUGGAUAAUUAUUGCUGUUACAUUGAGAUAACUUUGUUUGUGGUCAAACCAAACCAAACCAAACCCAUGUGGUGGAAGAACACAUUUGGUUCAAGUAUGGAUAUUUGAUUGAGAUAUGUGAAGUGUCAUUGAAUAGAGAGAUUGGUGUAGUUUUCUCUCAAAA